AUGUCUACCUGGGCCGAUGUUGCUGCUAGUGGUCCCCCGCAAUCUGCUGAAGAAGCUCGUGCGAACCCUGUCGAUGAGGUUAUCCCCGUAGAUUCAUCCGUCAGCUCUCUUGUGGACGUUGAUUCCGGCGUUUCCGUUGUUGAGUCCAAUUUCCUCGAGAAAGAAAUACAGACAGAGACUCAAGCUCGCCGUAUUGCCCACGAAGAGGCCACCAAAGCGGCAGCGGAAGAGGAAAAGAAGGCGGCGCAGAAGAAGUCUUCAAAGAAGACCACCUCGUCAUCAUCAUCCUCAUCAUCCAUCACCAGCCAGUUCCAGAACCCAAUUGUUCUCGCAAAUGCUAUUACCGUAGCUGCUGUCUCUGCGGCUUUAGGAAUCUUUGGGUUCAGGAAGCACCAGGCCGGCCAACUUAGCAUGAAGGUCGUAGGGCUAGGCGCAGCGUUUGCGGCGGCUUUCGGCACGGCAGAUUACUUCGUUUCAAGUUAUUUGUUCAAGAAAUACCCCCCGAAGAAAUAG